CGAUCCAGACGGCAGCGAUGGAGAUGUUGGGGGGGGAGGGCGUCUCUAAGCAGUGCCGCACGGUGGACAUCAUGGCCGACGCUGCGUACGCUGUCCUCUCUCGAGGGACCGACUUCACGGGGAACUUCCUGGUGGACGAAGACGUCCUGAGACAGCAGGGGGUCCAAGACUUUGAGCCGUACGCUGUGCAGCCAGGUCACCCCCUGCUGCCAGACUUCUUCCUGGACGACGCUCCUGAGACGCUGGUGGAGAAGAUGGAGCAACACGGGGCGACCCCAGCCUUCAGACCCCCAACAUCAUCUGCCACGCCCCUCUCUGGAGGACCAAUAGAAAACACCUUCGACGCCAUCAAGGCGGUGAUCAACGAAGACGUUAUCAAGACGACGCAGGGCAUCUACCAGUUCGACCUCUCAGGUGAGAAUGCGGGCGUCUGGUUCCUGGACCUGAAGAGCGGGUCCGGGGGGGCAGGACCUGGUCAGCCGCCCGUCAAAGCGGAUGUCAUCAUGACGAUGGACUCAGCCGACUUCACCAAGAUGUUCGCAGGGCAGCUGAAGCCCACCAUGGCCUUCAUGGGGGGGAAACUGAGGAUCAAAGGAGACAUGGCGCUCGCUCUGAAGCUGGAGAAGCUGAUGGGGAGGAUGAACAAGGCCAAGCUGUGAGGAAACGAGGAGACAAGAGGAGGAGACGUGUUCAAAAAAGUUUAAUAAAGUUUUAAUAACGUUUCACACUGAGAUCUCCAGGAACUCACACUCAGUGAUUAAAGAUGGUGGUCAAGUGAUCUGAUCAGGAAGUGUUUCUGGUCAGGUGAUCUGAUCAGGAAGUGUUGUUAUGUGAAUAAUAAAACCUGCGUUAUUAAAC